GGCACAAAUUCGCCUUGCAGUGGGCUAUUCAGGCGGUGCAGGCGACCCAGCCGGCCCAGCCGGCGCAAAAGACUAUCAGACAGCAGGCUUUGCCGCAGGCUUCGCUGCAGGCUUCGCCGCAGGCUUCACCAGGCACUUUCGUGCCACAACAUGUGGCACCACCCGGCUACGUCAGAGCUGGAGGUGUUGCACAGUGCAGCUGGUUACCGCCCCCUGCAG